UCCGAAAUGAUUUUCGAUUCCCGUCAAGAAUCUGCUUGCGCUACGAUGAGACUUCACCAUGUCGCUCUUUUCAAUCCUGAGCUCGUGGUAUCUUUUGGCUGGCAUUGCACUCGUUCCACUCUUGAUCCUGAUCAAUGAUAUCUGGAAAUGGUGGCGCAUGCCACCUGGUCCAACACCUCUCCCAUUCUUUGGAAACAAGCUACCAACUUCGAAGCCCUGGAUACAGUUCCAAGAAUGGUCAAAGAGAUACGGUCCGAUCUUCACGAUAUGGGUCGGCCGAAGACCAACUCUAGUCAUUUCGGACCCGGACAUCGCCGUCGAUUUGAUGGAGAAGAGAAGCAACAAAUACUCAUCCCGACCUAGAUUCGUGGUCAUGGGAGAGAUGCACUCAUCGAACUCUGUCCUAGUGCAACCCUAUGGAAAGGAAUGGUCUCUGAGACGGAAACUCUUGCAUCGUGCUCUGACUCCAGCUGCGCUCCGGACGUAUAUGGCGCGUCAGGAGGCCGAAUCAACUCGAUUGGCAUUCAAGGUCAUGCGCGAUCCUGACAACUGGGAAAGGCAGUUCGACCGAUUCACAGCAAGCGUGGUCUUUUCGAUCGCCUACGGCCAUCGGAUCGACUCCAUGGACUCCCCAAUUAUCAGACAACGGCUGAAUUUCAUGCAAUUCGUGGCCUCUCUGAACGUUCCAGGCGCAUACCUAGCUGAGUCUUUCCCAAUCCUGAAGCACGUACCGACAUUCCUAGCUCCUUGGAAGAGAGAGAUUCUCAGCAUGGCAGCCGCGGAAGCAGCUGCCAACAUGGAGCUCGUUGAGGACGUGACCAGAGAUCUCCGGGUCGGGAGGGAGAAAGGGUACGAAAUUGCCCCUUCCCUCACGCAAACUCUGCUGGAGGUUCGGGACACCGAAGGGAUCCCACUCCCUGACAAAGACUUCUCGUUCGUGCCUGCGUCCUUGUUCGGUGCUGGAUCCGAUACCACAGCGUCCACGAUGUGCUCCGCCAUGCUAGCAUUCGUCACGCACCCCACCAUCCUCCAGACCGCGCACGCCGAACUCGAUGCCGUCGUGGGCUUCGACAGGACUCCCAGAUUUGAAGACGAGCCACAUCUACCCUACAUCCGCGCGCUCGUCAAAGAAGUGCUCCGAUGGAGACCCGUGGCGGUCCUCGGAGGAACGCCCCACGCAUCAUCAGAAGACGACAUCUACCAGGGCUGGCGAAUCCCCACCGGGACCACCAUCCUUGGAAACUCCUGGGCGAUUAACCUCAACGAGGAAUACUACCCCGAUCCCCAUCUGUUCAACCCUGCUCGGUUCCUAGACCCGGACGACCCGCGCUACGUCCCCGAGCUGAGGGGUCGGAAAACCCAUCCGGCAAAAGCAGGACACUCCUCGUUCGGAUGGGGCAGGAGAAUAUGUCCUGGUGCGGAUCUCGCCGCGAACUCGCUCUUCAUCGCGCUCUCGAAGCUGAUCUGGUCGUUUGAUAUCUUGCCGACCAGGACAUAUGAUACUUUCGAUUACACGAACGGGUUCAAUAUCCGUCCUCAGCCGUUCCAAUGUCUGAUUCGCGUCAGGAGUGACGUCCAUCGGAGGGUCCUGGAGAGGGAAAUGAUAGAUGCGGAGAUAGAGAUGGAGAAGUUUCCGGCGUACGAAUGAUGGGGUUUUCGCUUGGCAGUCGCUAAAUGGCAACGGUAGUCUUCUUAGAGGACCUCGAAGCUUUAACCAUUCACUUCUUCACACACUUCUUGAAACGUCAACGGUAUAAGAUGAAUCGCGGAUGCUCAAACGCUGGAAGCGCAAUAGAGAGCAAAGAAAAAGGUCCGUAUAUCUAGAUAUUCGGCCUCCUCCGGAAGUCCGGAAUCUACACCGAACAGAUCCGGUGCUUUUGUUGAACCUUCAAUCAUG